CAUAAAAUAGACUAAGAAUUUUACAAUUAGACGAAAAACGACACAAAAGCACCAGACGAUUGAUUUUUCCCGCCAUUGUGUUCUUACCCCCAAACAUAUGCCAGAGAAAUUCUGCAUUCCAGCAGCAUACACAGAAGUCCAGGAAGAGGGGAAGAGAGAGCAUUGCUAUAUCAAUGGAGAUGGAAAUCCCCGAUGCAGAUGAGUUGGAAUGGCUGUCUCACCAGCAAGAUGAAGAACUUUUUAUUCCAGACGAAGAAGAUGAGUUUCACCUGCUUACAUCAAAUUCCACCUUCAGGUAUUCAGCUCAAGAAAAUGGGGGUCGUAAGAGGCCUUACCCUGGAGAAGGAGAAGAAGAUGAUGAUGAUAUUUUUGUCCUCAAGGAUAAUGAGAAGCGCAGCAGAAUGGAGGAGCCACCCUUUGAUAAUGAGGAAGGGCUGCAACCUUCACCAAAGGAAAACGAAAUCGAGAAAGAGGAAUUUGAGGUUCCUCACAGAAUGGAGGAGCCGCCUUUUGUUGAUGAGGAAUGGCUGCAACCUCCACCAAAGGAAACUGAGAUCGAGAAAGAGGAAUUUGAGGUACCUCGCAGAAUGGCAGGAGACAUACAAGGCGAUUGCAUUUCCAUAACUGGCCCCUCUGGCGAGCGUGUUUAUGCAAAACUCAGUCCUUUGCCUUCUAUUACCACCACUAGAAACGCAAAUGCUGGAGGACUUCUGUCUGAGUCAAUUCAUGUUGUCAUUGAAAGGGUUGAAAAAGAUAUGUUUGAACAGGCUUGCCGAGCUACCACAGAAGGUAUGAGGGAUGAAACUACCUUAUGCAGCCAAACAACAAAUGAGCAGCUGUGGGUGGACAAGUAUGCUCCAAAGUCGUUUACUGAGCUUUUGAGCGAUGAGCAGACAAAUAGAGAGGUCUUACGCUGGCUGAAACAAUGGGAUCAUUGUGUAUUUGGCUAUAAGAAUACUCUGACCUCAAAUGAGGUCCUAUCUGCUUUAAAAAGACGUUCUUUUCUUUCUCAAAGUAAUGGAUCCUUUCGCAGCAAAAACUUUUCAUACAAGGACAGUGGGGGAAUUCAAACAAGCAAGGCACAAGAUGGUGUUCAAAAGAUCAACAAUUUAAGUUAUUCAAAAGAAAAUAAUGCUAAUAUUUCAGGUCAAUCAAAGAAGCAGCAAGCUGAUGAUGACCGGCCAGACGAAAAGGUACUUUUACUAUGUGGACCUCCAGGUUUGGGAAAGACUACUCUAGCUCAUGUUGCUGCUAAGCAUUGUGGAUAUCAUGUAGUGGAGAUAAAUGCAAGUGAUGACCGUAGUGCGUCAAUAGUGGAGAGAAAAAUUCUUGAUGUGGUGCAAAUGAAUUCUGUCAUGGCAGAUUCCAAGCCAAAGUGCUUGGUGAUUGAUGAAAUUGAUGGGGCCCUUGGUGAUGGGAAGGGUGCUAUUGAAGUUCUGCUAAAGAUGCUUUCUUCAGAAAAGAAGUACACUUUAGAGAAGGAGAAUGAUGGAAGUAAUACACAAUCAUUAAAUGCUACCAAGAAGAAAGGCUCGUCAAAGUCUGGCAGAUUGUCAAGACCUGUGAUUUGCAUCUGCAAUGAUCUAUAUGCACCUGCCUUGCGUUCUCUACGCCAGGUAGCGAGGGUUCAUAUCUUUGUGCAACCAAGUGCUAGUCGGGUGGUGAGUAGGCUUAAGUAUAUUUGCACCAAGGAAGGAUUUAAGGCAAGUGCACGAGGCCUCACAACAUUGGCUGAAUUUACUGAAUGUGAUAUACGGGCAUGUCUCAAUACUCUUCAAUUUCUGAAGAGAAAAAAAGAGAUAUUAAAUGUGGUAGAUGUUGGUUCUCAGAUAGUUGGUCGAAAAGAUAUGACCAGCAGUAUUUUUGACAUUUGGAAGGAGGUGUUACAAAAGCGAAAGUCCAAAUUUCAAGGACCUACAAUGAAUAGUAGCAAACAAGAAGUUGAGAAUUUUAUACGACUGCAUGACAUCUUUUCUAGCCAUGGCGAUUAUGAGUUGGCAGUUGAAGGAAUUCAUGAGAAUUUUCUACAUGUGAGGUACCAUGAUUCAGCAAUGGAGAAGACUGUCAAGUGUCUUGAUUUUUUCUGUAACUCAGAUCUGCUUAGUCAGCGUAUCAUGCGAUCUCAGCAUUUUUUUCUUAAUGUAUAUCAGCCUUCCAUCAUUGUUGCUAUUCAUUGUUUAAUAGCCCAAGUUGAAAAGCCAAAUAUUGAAUGGCCAAAGUCACAUCAAAGGUGCAGGACAAUUUUGUCUGAAAAAAAAGAUUUGUUGAAGUCAUGGUUGAAUAGCAUUUCUCCAACUAUUUCAAGAUUUCUCUCACUUAAUUCAAUUGUGGAGGAUGUUAUUACUUCGUUGCUGUACAUUUUAUCACCUCCAUCUUUAAAGCCAGUGGCAUCACGAUUAUUAUCAGAAAAAGAGCAAAGCCAAAUAUUUGAACUAGUAAAUGCUAUGGUUGACUAUGCCGUAACUUACAAGAAGGCUAAAAUUCUCUCUCCACAUGGAAACCAGAGACAGGAUGCAACUUUGGGCUCCCUCGAACUUUGCUUUUGCCCACCAAUUAAUGAAUUUGUUACUUUCAAGGACUAUUCUCCAAGUCAUUAUCUCCUUUCAUCUGCUAUGCGCCAGAUUUUGAGUCACGAGUUUGAGAAGCAGACAAUAUUGCGUGAUUUUAAUGCUAGAAAUGAUCGGGCAAAUGCAGUAGCUACCUUGCUACAAGAAGUCUCUAUUACUGAAGCAUCUGAAACACAUGUAGAGAAAGACACUGAUAAUCUUUCUACAGUUGAAAAAGCAUCAAAGCAUUUCGCUUCUGACAAUGAAAGAAACAAAUGUGUACCUUCAAUAGUAAAUCUUUUUAAUUCCAAGGGUUUAAACAGAGAAGCAGUACAAAACAAAUCCAUUUCAUCUGUUGUUGAUUCCAAGUCCAAACUGCCAGGAACAGUAAAGAAGCCUGCUGCCAGUUUUGAUUUCUUUGAAAGAUUCAAAAAAUCUUCUCAGAAAGGAUUUGAAACUAGUGAGAAAUCUUCUGGGAAUUUAUUAACGUCACAAAGAGAUUCAAGGCCCCUGCUCUUCAAAUUUAAUGAGGGCUUCACAAAUGCAGUUAAAAGGCCUGUACGUAUGCGUGAGCUUCUUUGAGAAUUUAUUUCACAGUUUGUAUUUCGAUUCAAAAUCAUGAAGCUGAGAUUGAAGUAGUGGCCUGGGUAUGGGAGGCGCGGCUGUUAAGAAGAAUGGCAAGUUAAGGAUUAUGAGGCGAUCAGGCACAGAUUGUUUUAUUGGAGCAACAAUCUUGUCUAAUCUAGUGGGAAUGAUUAGUACGUGGUGGUCGAUGCUACAGUGCCAUUUAAAUACCGGCAAAAUUCAUAUAUAUUUCGAUGUAUGUAAAGAGAGUUGGUUAUAUGAAAUUCAAACUUUGGAAAUUCCAUUCUUGUCUAGUUGUAGGCAUUGCAAGCAAAUAAGAUUUUAUUUUCAGUGCA